AUGCCAAGGAAAACCCUUUUGGGAAACUGGUAUGAAGAGGAGGCCUAUAAACAGGACCGCAGACGUCUUAUGGAGGGUCGAAAUGGUGGUUUCGUGGAUGCUGCAAGCGAGACACAAAAAAUCAUUGCAAAAGUUAAACAUCACAAUACUCCAUACAAUCUCGCCAAAAUGCCUGAAGACGGUUAUCUACACUUCUACACACCUAUCAUGUUACAGAAUGCGGCCACACUUGGUUUUCUCUCUCUUGAUUUGGAAGACCGAACAAGGGGACCAACUGGAUGGCGUGUUGUCUGCUCAACCGCACCUGCCGAGGGACCAACACUGCGCAACUGCUUCGUCCUUGUUCCGGCCCCCACGGGCCCAACAGACAUGAUAGCGCCACCGAGUGAGGAGAUCGACAUGGUGCACUACGGCCAGCCAUUUUUUCUCAUGACAGUGCCGGAGUUAUGUGAUGAUCCACUUUCGUUGGUGUCUGAGCACAAGGGACCUCACAGCGCAUCAAAGGUAACAGGGAAAUACCAGGAUGUAUUUUUAUCUCCCGAUGGUAACUGCGCAGAGGCUAUGUGGGUAGUGGACUUUGCAAACCCAGAUUACCGUGAGGAUAUGCGAGAUAGACCAGUUAAGGCAGAUGCUGUGAUGAUGAUACGACACAAUCACACAAAUGUUCCCCUGGCAAGUACAAAAAAUGUUUUCUACAAUGAUUUCGGUCCUGAAUAUGAGGUGUGCUGCCACAGAUUUUCUCCCAACGUCACUAAACUACGUGGUGGUCAGUUACUGGAUGAAAACUUUUGGACCUUUGUCCACAGUGAAGAGGGAGAGCAUGAGGAACGAGAGAAGAAUCAUAGCGAGGCUACUGCAACGGCAGAAGCAGAAAAAAAUGAUUCCUAG